AUGUCGAUGAGUGCUGCAACUGUACUUGCUGGACCUGUUGUUGAGGUUCAAUCUGUACCUAUACCAGCACCACUACGAGGCCAGAUUCUAGUUCGUACUAUCUUUGCUUCUUCUAAUCAAAAAGAUUGUAAACGUUCUACAAUCUAUGGCCAGCCACCAUGCAAUCAAGGUGAUGAUGUUGCCGGCAUAGUUCACCAGAUUGGUGCCGGUGUUGUCGGUUUUUCGGUUGGGGAUAGAGUCGCCGGUUUCCAUAAUCCCGGCACCGAGCACGGAACAGACGCUGAGUACACCAUCUUGUGGGCAUAUGCAGCCUUUCAUAUUCCCGAGAACGUCAGCUUCGUGGAGGCGAGCACAGUUCCUCUGACGGGAACGACAGCUGCUGUUGGUCUGUGGAGAGUGUUGUGUGUGACUGAACCAUGGCAUGCAGCUUCACAGGGUGGCGAAAGGAAUGCAAUUAUAAUCUAUGGCGCGGGUAGCGCAGUGGGUAAUUUCGCCAUUCAGCUAGCUAGACUGAGCAACUUGCAUCCAAUUAUCGCCGUCGCUGGCAAGUCCAUCAGCUUUGUGGAAAGUCAACUAGAUGCACAGCAGGGAGAUCGUGUGGUGGACUAUCGGGGAGAAGAGUCUGGAAUCAUUGAAAGGAUCAGACAGGCGCUCAAAGAGGCGAAUACUACUGCCAACAUCGCCUUCGAUGCGAUCUCAGAGGGUGCGAGUCAAAACAUUCUGGGCGCUGUCCUCGAGAAAACAGGCCAUAUCGCAACUGUGUUACCUUUGCAACAGGCUACUGGGAGGCUUGCCGAUAUCAAAAGAACUUUCACCAUAAGCCCCCUUGUAUUCACAUCUCCAAGUGAGACUGAGCUUAACCCUAGUGUAAAUCACUGGCUCGCAAAGACAUUUUUCGGCUUCGUGGAGCUUGCAAUGGCGGAUGGUAGCUUGAAAGGACAUCCUUAUGAGAUCAUACCUGGAGGACUUGAUGGCAUCCAGACGGGAUUGGAGAAAUUGAAAAAUGGGAAUGCAAGUGCUUUGAAAUAUGUGUACGAGAUUAGCAAGGCGUGA